GCGCGCAGUCUCUGAAUAUUUGUUACACAAUUGAGAAGUUUUCUUACAAAAUCUAAGGAGCAAUACAAAAAUAAUUUUAAAUGGCGGAAUCGAGACGUGUAAGCCAAAAGUCACGUUCUAGUACUCCAUCUGCCCAGCAUCAAGCCUACGAUGGCGAUGCAUUCGUGCAACAUUUUGAAAAGCGAGGUGCACGCGAAAUUAUUAUAAUGGAUCCGGUGGGCAAGCCAAUCCGUUCCACAGUUAGCCAGAGGCGCACAUAUAAUUAUGCCUCUCUCCUAAAGCCGUUGGCCACAAUGGCACGCAAUGUGGUAAGGGAUUUGGAUCCGGCUAACGAUGUGACCUUUAUGCGUUUACGCUCCGAAACGCAUGAGGUGCACGUGUCCCUCAACACGGAGUUCAUAGUGGUCGUCAUACAGAAACUGAAACGAAAAGCUAAAUAGUUAUUAUAUGCACAACUAAAAAAAGUAUAUGUGUGGGUGUGGGUGUGGGUGUGUGUGUCAUAUAUCAUAGCAUAUGCUUUAUAUUAGGCCUAUUGGAUUCCAUAUUAAAACUUGGCGAAAUUUAAAAGCAAUUGAAAAUUCAUGAGCAUUCAUUGUACAGAUUGCAAUUAUUUAAAGUGUUUGUUAAAUCGAUUUUGUUAGUUUGUGGACAAAUUAGCGCCAGCAAACAAAAACUGUUAUCGAAUCCGAAACCAAAUGUUCAAUAAAAGCAUAUUAAGUAUA